AGCCCAGUUAAAUUACCGAACCGGGUUCAGCCUACGUAAGGAAACCGGGCCCGGCAGAAUGAUGAACCGUAUGCGACGAAUCCCAACGGCUAGUUUCGUCAAGUUCAAAACUCAAUCAGAUCUCACACACAACUCUAACAAACAUCCAACGGCUACCUCUCUCUCUCUCUCUCUCUCUCUACUCUCUCUCUACAUCUCAAUUGUGUCUGAAAAAUGGAGGAUCAAACGCUUCAUCCGGUGCUGGAACUGAUCGACAGCAGCUCGAUUGAUGAAACCGAAGUUAAUCCAGAAGAAUCGGAGGUGAAAAAUGAAGAGGUUACGAUGGAGGUUGGGGACGAAGACGAUGAGGAGUUUUAUGAGCGGAUUGAAGCUCCUAAGUUUGUCGAUUUUACGAAACCCUACACCGUUCGUACUGAUGAUUGCUACUGGUUCUGCUCUAGGGUUGGGUGUGACCGAAAGCACGAGGAGGAGAUAAACCCCGAAGAAAUCUCUAAAAACUUUGUUCUUAGGGUUAUGGCAGCAAGAAGUCCCAACAUCAAGCUUAGGAGAGCAUUAAAUAAAGAACACUCCAGUAUAAAAUGUCCACUUUCGGCUCCUGCAAAACCAUCCAAGCCCAGGAUACCGCGGUUAGCCACGGUUCCUUCUUUGAAUUCUCAAAAAAAUGGUGACCCACAAAGCAAAAUUGGUUCGUGUUUAAAAGCUGGUUCCACACGGGCCACCCCAGUGGCGAAAUCGAGGCAAGUUGCUGCGAAAUAUAUGACAACACCAAGGAACAAAGUGUGUCAUCCGAAUCCGAACUCUUUUAGAAGUGUUCAGAAUCCAAAAGCAACGACUGUCGAUGUGGCUAAAAGUCGGACGGUAGCAAAGGCUCUUGUUUUUCACUCUCCGAAGAAGGCCAUAGUUCUUAAAAAGUCUGUUGAGUCGCAUACACCGUUAAGAAAGAUUUGUGAAGGGAUGAAGAGGCUUGGGAUAGCAAGUCAAAAAAAGACAUUAAAGGGUAGCGUAAGUAAGCCGAAGAAACCGGACACCGAAGAUUCUUUAAGAAGACAGUUGAAGACUUGCAGGAGUGAGAAAAAGUCAAAGGAUUUGGCACCUUCAAAGUCAAAGACUCAGAACAAGAAGCCACAAACUGACAAAUUUCACUCUUUGCAUGAGCAAGCGGCUGAUGUGAAACCGAGUGAUGAAAUCAAUGAUUUGUCGAUUAUAGAAGAUAAAGAGAACACAGUAAGUGCUGAAGAUAAUCUAAAUGAAGUGAAGGCAGGAUUUGAAAGUGAGCAGAUAGAUGACGGUAAAGAAAAUGCUUUAAAUCCCCAUGAAACUUCGGAAACUUCAGAUUCGCAUGCUUCGAAAGCUGAAAUCAAUGAUUUGUCGAAUAUAGAAGAUAAAGAGAACAUGGUAAGUGCUGAAGAUCAUUCAAACGAAGUGGAUGUAGGAUUUGUAAGUGAGCAGAUAGACGACGGUAAAGAAAAUGCGUUAAAUCCUCAAGAUAAUAACAGAUCUAACAACCAGCGAUUGGAUGAUAACAUUCUCAGCAAGGAGAUACAUAAAAAGAACAAGGUUGUUCAAACUGCCGGUCCUGGCGUUAUGAAAUGCAAAAAACCGAAGCCUACAAGCAUCAAGCCUUUUAGGCUAAGAACUGAUGAAAGAGGGAUCCUAAAGGAAGCUAUUCUAGAGAAAAAGCUUCAUAAUCCAGCUCCUAAAAAAGAGAUUGCAAAAGAUACAAGUGUAAUAAAGAGAACAUAUCGCGUUCCGAAAGACGAAAAGUUUUCUACCAACUGUGGAAAAGAAUCAGGCCCCGAUACUGCACGAAGACGCCCCGAAUCAACACAGCAAAGAGCCAUGACCAGCUUAAAGACAAGAUCUCAACGGGUUGUGUCACCUAAAAAGGUAAGGAUGCCAGGUCAGCAACUCGGUGUUAUAGAUGAGAAGUCUUCUAAAUUACCAUGUGACGUAACGGUGGAGACGAAUAAAAGUAGAGCUGUUUCUGCUGCAAGAUCCACAUCAAGGGGAAAACGGCCUGUUACCGUUGCUAAAGAACCGAACUUUCACACCUCACAUUUGCCAAGGACUUGUUCAAAGAACGUUGCUUAAAGCGGUUGUGGUUUAUAUUUUUUGUAGUUUUAUGUUGUCAAUCAUUCAUUGAGUUUCACUUUUAUCUCGUUUUAGUAACGAUUUCUUGUGGCCAUAUAUUUGAUUGUGUUGCUACAAAAAUUUUGUAGCCAUAUGUUUGAUUAUUUGAUUGAUAUUGUAUUGUGAAACAA